UUGGUUUAGGGGAGGCAUGAUGCCACCGAGCAGCCCUUUUUAAGAGCCAAGCUGGAAGGGAGAAGGGACCCCUGAGCUGAGAGGAGCUGAGCGGAACUGAGCGACCGGCAGGGAGCCCCAAGCAGCUGUGACAACCAUGAGUGAGCGACAAGGUGCUGGAGCAACCAAUGGAAAAGACAAGACCUCUGGUGAAAAUGAUGGGCAGAAGAAAGUGCAGGAAGAAUUCGACAUUGACAUGGACGCACCAGAGACAGAGCGGGCGGCUGUCGCCAUUCAGUCUCAGUUCAGAAAAUUCCAGAAGAAAAAGGCUGGCUCGCAGUCAUAGGGGGGACGCCCCGCUUCACCACCCGCUGGAAGAGUCCAGAUUUCACCUUCAUCUGUCAACCAACUAAGACACCCUCGAAAGAGCGUGUGCACUACCCCUGACACGCACACACCACCCCCUUCAAUGCAUGUACACACACACACACACAUAAACACACACACACACACACACCUGUGACAUAGACCCCCUAGAGGAAGGUGUAGACACCGCACCUGCGAGUGGCUUCAUCUCUGUGUUGAUCUCCAGAAUCGUUCCUCCCGCAACCAGCCUGUGUUCCUUGAUGUUGUAAUAAAAAGGAAUUGAGAUGCCUGA